CGCGUUCAAAUUUCGAACAGUUGAAUGCGUAUUGUAACUGUUUGUCGGGGCGAUUUUACCGUGCCACGCGACGUUGCCAGUUCGCACUUUAAAUUAGAAGGUUUUCGCAGAGCAAAAACUAGAAGCUAUGUCUCUACCAAAGGUUAAAGAUGAUAUGCAAGAUGAAAUGAGUCUUGUUAUUUGAGACAAAGAGUCGUGUCCAGGAGGCAGUACGUCCGAAACAAUGCUAAAGGAGCGAGAGAGCUCGGAGGGUUCACCCGGUGCGCCUGAUGAGUGCGCGGGAUGCGGGGGUAGGAUACAAGACAGGUUCUACCUGCUUGCUGUUGAUCGUCAAUGGCACGGCAGCUGUCUGCGAUGCUGUGAGUGCCGUCUGCCACUGGACUCCGAGCUGACCUGCUUCUCAAGAGAUGGAAACAUUUACUGCAAGGAGGACUACUAUAGAUUAUUCUGCGUGAAGCGAUGUGCUCGCUGUGGGAAUGGGAUAACAGCUAAUGAGUUAGUAAUGCGAGCGAGGGAUAUGGUAUAUCACCUAACUUGCUUCACCUGCGUAGCAUGUGGUAGCCUGCUCUCGAAAGGAGAUGUAUUUGGUAUGCGCGAUGGGCUAGUCUACUGCAGACCACAUUACGAUAGCGCUUGCCUGGAUGAGUAUUGCGAUGAAGAUAUGAACAUGUACAGGUGUCAGGAUAUGCACAGUGAAGGUGAUUCUCCAUCGCAAUAUUACUCUGGUGGGCCAAGUCAGAAAGGCCGUCCACGAAAACGGAAAAGCGCUCAAGGAUCACCUGAAGAUUUGCAAGUACAAACUAUGCGUAUGACGAACACCGCGUUGGAUUUGCUACACCGUGGAGACUUGUCAUCGUCUAUGGAAUCUCUGGCGUAUGACUCGUCAGUCGCAUCCCCUGGAAGUGCAACCAGCCACUCACAGAGAACCAAGCGAAUGCGCACGAGUUUCAAGCAUCACCAAUUGCGUACAAUGAAAUCGUACUUUGCUAUUAACCAAAAUCCUGAUGCGAAAGAUCUUAAGCAGUUGGCACAGAAGACAGGGCUAUCUAAACGUGUACUUCAGGUGUGGUUUCAAAACGCUCGCGCUAAGUGGCGCAGGAAUAUGAUGAGGCAGGAAACUAGUCAUGGACAGAUCGCUCCGAAUGGUAACGGUGGACAUAACAAUGGUAAUCUGGUCAAUGUACCACCCCCUAAUAUCGGUCCUAUGAUGAUAUCGGAAUCUCUUCAGACCAUUGAAGAUCUCAGAGUUCACACACCACACCCGAUGGCGUUCAACGAGAUGUACUGAUUGUAUAAUACUCGGUAUGUCGCCACUAUUACUAAUUACCAACAAGAAUGAAAAACAAAUCUGUGCACACAAGAACCAAUAAGUAUCUCAUGCACUUUAUAUCUAAAGGUCUUCUUUGGAAUUGUUAUACUCAUUUGUAUUGCAUAUAUUGCAAAUCACUUGGUCAAACUGCUAUAACACAUUUAAAUGUAUUAGGGCUCAAAGUCCAAAGUACAGUACCCUCUUCUAUAUAAAACAUGGAUUAAGAUUCUUUCUGUACGUACAUUAAGGCGUACAUAAUCAAAUAGUUCCCGGGGGAGGACGUAGGUUCUAUGUUUUUUCUAGGGACUGUACCAGGCCUCACUCUAUCUCAAAAUUUAUACUGUUAGGGGAUAUUGAUGGAUACUGUCUAAAAUGAUUCAAAUCGGCAACUAUACUUUAUGAGGAAACAUCUAGGCGCUAUAUCACAGAUAUUUUAUUCAGAAAUAAUUUGUCAUUUGAGCGUGUGACAACCACACUCUUUCUUGUUAAUAAUAAGGUGACGUGUAUCAAACAUAUAGGAAAUGUAUGGAAUUAUAGGAAUUGUUCAACAUUACCCAAUGUCCUUUUACAAUUAUUUCUAGAGAGUCCUAUCCCAUUGUUGUCUACAUAUCUAUUUUAUAUAGUAUAGGAUAUAUGUUCAAACUAAACAUACAUGUCAACAGUUAUUGGCAGGCUCUCAUGGGUACAUAUCUAAUAGGUAUGGUGUUAUAUUAUAGUUCUAAGUUUUAUUGAUCUAAUUUUACCAAUCGUUUUGAAAUAUUUUUUACGUAAAAUUAUGUUGACUAUGUA